AUGUUUAUAUUUCUAUUGAUUAUUGUAAUUACUAAUGCAACAGAGAGUAUUAACAAUCAAGAAGAAAGAAAUAAAGAAAUAAUACACCCACAAAUACAAUCAAACCAACACAAAAGAAUGUUUAAUCUACAUAAAGUACAAUUAAAAGGUGAAGUAACAAAAGAACCAGAAGAAACACCAACAGGUGUAAAGGAUGUGUCAUCACAAACGAUAAAUACUGGAACAGGAGGAAUAACCACAUCAACAAAUCCAUCAGGACAAGCUACAGACACAACAAACUCAAAAAGUAAAACAGAUAAAAAUCCAGAAGAAGAAUACACCAUCACCAAAUGA